AUAACUAAAAUAUGGAUCAGUUUGCUGAGCUAACUAACACUAUCUUUGAUGCCGGUAUGGUGGGCAAGGAGGUAAAUAACUACAAUAUGGAUCAGUUUGCUGAGCUAACUAACACUAUCUUUGAUGCCGGUAUGGUGGGCAAGGAGGAGAUGAUGAGCCCUUCUACAAUGUUCCUCAGCCUGAUGGUAGCCAUGAUACCAAAGCUUGUUCCACGUAUUAUGCCUUCCCUUAUAUCUCGUAUGAACCCAGAAGCUGGAUUAAGUCGGUUUAAUGAUCCCACCUACUUAUUGGAAUUAGAGAACUCUUUCAGGGAUAAAUUUGCUGAGAAUCUGAGGAUGGUUGUGGAUAUACUAGAAGAGGAGCAGAAUGGAGGUAUAGAGAAGAAAGAAAGAUCUGGAGAAGAGGGUAGACUUGCCACGCUUAUCACAUCAACUCUUGACACAAUAAAUGUCGAUAUUUCAGAUUUCGAUGGAAGUAAAAUGAUUGAUCUAGCUGAUCUGGUUAGUGGGCAGGGACCGAGAGCUGCAGUUUACAACGUGAUGGCUGAAGCUUUGAUCGGAGUUUUUUCAACUAUUUCUUCAUUCUUCUUUUAUUGAUCGACUGAAUUGUUAUUUAUUUAUUUUUAUAAUUAAAACUGCUCAUAUCAAAGAGAAAUCCUGUGUAACAAGGGUCAAAUAUUUAGUCUUAGUUUUAAACUUGUUAUUUUUCCACCAGUUAUUUUGUACAGUAUAGGUAUAAUAUACUGUACGUAAAAAUUUAUUAUCAGACAUGUUUUUUUUUUGUUAAGUUUCUUCAAUGUUAGUUUUGUUUUCUUAUCGUUGUAUUUUGUUACAUUAUACACAGACACAUUUACAGUUAUAAAUAAUAAAUUAUGCUCUAAA